AUGGACGAGCAGGACACAAAGCUGUUUGGGAUUCCGCUGGAGGAGUACAUCCACCCAAAGAGCGAGGAGCAGGCAGACUCCGAGCCUCGCGAGCAGCAUUCGCUUGACAGAAGCAUCGAGGAAAUUGGAAAGGAGCAGAAAAGCAUUGAGCUGUGCAUACAGAGAACGCUAGGCAGGAUUGCAGAUAGGCUUGCAGGCCUGGGAAUCGAUAUAUCCAAAUGCAGCCGGCUGGACAUAGACGGAGCUGACGUUCGCGAGGAUGUGGAGAGCUUGAAGGAGAUGCACACGGUUCGGGAAAACAACGCGCGCGCGCUCCUCCGGCUAAAAAUCGGCAAAACGACCCAGAGCCUUUUGGACACGCUUUCGGCUGUCAAGCACGCAACCGAUGCGCUGGAGGCGUGGGCUGCGCAGAUAAAGCGGUCUAUGGAGGCGCUGGAGGAAAAUGUUCUGGGCAGGAGCGCGCUCAGCGAGGUGUGGGCUGGGGAGCACAUGGCAGAAAAGUACAGCCAGCUUGCGGAGAAUCUGCUGCCGCUUGCAUGCAUUCUGGAGCAGGCGCGUGCGCUUGCAGAGCGAAACUCCGAGGUGUAUACGGAAAAGCAGCGGGAGGAGCUGGCCCUUUCAGAGAGCUUCGUGCGAUUUUCCUCGCAAGAAGUCCGGGUGCUCGAGCAUCUUAUGUCGUUACUUUAG